AUGUCAUCACAGCAAACAAAUUGCACUCCCAUCCAUGACACUUCAAUUCUUGGUAAACGAAAAACCAUCUCGGAUAGCCCCAAUCUUACCGAAGAAGAGUCAUCAACCACUCAUUCCACUUCCUUCGAUUCAUCACAAAAGAAAGUAAAAUCUUCAUCAUCACGUACUCCAAAUUACGAUGAAAUUAUUCCAGAAAAUGAAAUGUUCUACAAAUACUAUUUCGAAAUUCAACAAAUUGUCAAAACCAAAGAAGAAAUGGAUCAAAUGAUUCGUUCCUUUCAACAACCUCUACCUCUUACUUUCCGAAUUAACAAAUCACUUCCUAUCGAGUUAAUUCAAAAAAUUCAAUCUCAAUUAUUGGAAUUUAAAAAUCAAUUAAAUAAUUACAAAUAUGAUGAAGAGACUGAGAAAGUGAGACCCAUGACUGAUACUGAAUCUAAAGGAGUUCAAAUAGAUAUCAUUCAUUUGAAUCAUAUUAAUGAUUUAUUUUAUCAAUUAUGUCCUAAUAUUUCAAAGAGAAAAUUGAGAAGACAAAAUACUGUGGUGAGUGGUAGUUCUCAUACAAGUGUGAAUAUUGAAAGUGGUGUGAAUAUUGAAAGUGAAAGUAGUGUGAAUACUCUCAAUGAAAGUGUAGCGAGUGGUAGUUCUCAUAUGAAUACUCUCAUGAGUGCCGAGAAUAUCAUCCAUGGAAAUGACAACAACAACACUCAAGUCGACGAAACCUUGGAAGAUAUCAUGAUGGAGGAUGACAUGAUCGAUAGUAGUAAUAGUAGCACACCACUUGAAGAAAGUGAAGGAUCUACGUUAUUAUCUAAAUUUAGAAAUUAUCUCGUUCAAUUAACCAAUAUUGGAUAUCUCAGUCGACAAGAAUUGGUGAGCAUGAUUCCUCCAUUAUGUUUCACUCCUCCUGAAUUCAAUGCAACACCAUGUGGUGUUGUGGAUGGCUACAUGGAUAUGUGUUCAGCACCUGGCAGUAAAUCUGCUCAAAUGGUCGAAUAUUACUUGAAUGGAAAGGACAAGUUCCUAAUUUGUAAUGAUAUUGACCGUAAAAGGCUAACCACAUUGUAUUCCAAUUUGAAUCGAGAACCUCAACAAUUACUUUCGAAUGUGGUUGUGACUCAUCACAAUGCAGUGACUCUUCAUCAAGUAUUGGCAAGUUCUACCACUCAGGGAAAUGUACUCUCUCAUGUUCAUCAUGUCUUGUGUGAUGCUGUAUGUUCAGGAGAUGGAACUUUACGAAAAUCACGUGAUUUAUGGGAGAGAUGGAAUUAUGAACAUGGACAUGUGAAUCACAUGACUCAAGUCUCUAUUCUUGUGAGUGCCAUGAAUAUUAUUCAAACAAGUUUUAAUCAACAACAACAACAAGAAGAACAAGGUAAUUCUAAUAGCACUACUACUAUUAGUACUACUACUAGUCAUAGCACCACUAGUAAUAAUAGUACUGGUACUACUACUACUACUCGUAAUAAUAAUAGCACCACCACUACUACUACUAGUAAUGGUAAUAACACUUCCUACUAUCAUGGAGAAUAUGAAAUUGUCUAUUCCACAUGUUCUCUCAAUCCCAUUGAAGAUGAAGCUGUGGUUGCAGAGGCUAUUCGAAGAACUAAUUAUAGAUUUGAAUUAGUGAAUCUUGAAGAAACAUUGAAUCAACAAUCAAAUUCAAUUUCCCAUCUCAAAGGAGUGAAUGAUUGGAAAGUAGUCGAUCGCAAUGGUGAAAUUGUUCAUUCAUUUGAAGAAUGUGAAUUAGAUUCAAAAGAUUUCAUUCCUCGUUCUGGAUCUAAAUCUGAAAAUAGACCUAAAAAAGAAUCAUGUUCUAGAAUUACAGCUAGCAUGUUCCCUAAAGAAGAUGUCCAAUCGAUGAAUUUACAUUAUACCAUGAGAUUUCUACCUCAUUUGAAUAAUAGUGGUGGUUUCUUUGUUGCUAAAUUAAGAUUGAAAAAAGAACAUCUCCUUCAAGAUGAAGAAAUGAAAACACGAAGACAACGAAAAUUAGAAAAAAAAUUAGAAAAAAAGAAACAUUCACAGAAAAAACAAACUCCAAAUAAGAAGAAUGUGAUUUAUGCAAAGGCAUUAGAGGAACAUGUUCAACCAUUAUUAGAUUUUUAUCAAAUCGAUUUAAAGAAAUUGUACAAGCAAGAAGAAGUUGAGCCAUUCGUGUCGUCAUCUUUAGCCAAUCAUUUUCUCGUUCAAACCACUUCUGAAAGUAAAUAUGCUCAAGCCAUAUUGAAACUUGCCAAAACUGGUACAACCAAUGUUGUUGUUACUAGUGGUAGUGGUGGUAAUUCUAGUAGUAGUGGUAAUUCUAGUAGUGGUAAUUCUAGUAGUAAUAAUAGUGGUAGUGGUGAUUCUAGUAGUAGUGGUAGUGGUAAUUCUAGUAGUAAUAAUAGUGGUAGUGGUGAUGGUAAUUCUAGUAGUAAUAAUUGUAAUAGCAAUAAUAGUACACUGACCAAUUGCAUCUACCAAAGAAAUUUACAUUCAUGA